AAGCAGGAUCGGCCUUCUUCUCCACAUGACUCGCACGCGUACGGCGGUUUGUUCUUCGAUGCUGUGUUCUGGCAGGAUGACGAGGACUUGUCUUGGCGCUUUGCCGUCGAGAAUGUUCUCUCGAUGCUACACACAUUCCGGGAGUACGACCUCCUCGUUUCGUAG